AAAAGGUCUAAAAUCUUCGAGCCGCGCCUGAUUCCACGCUUUAACCCGAGGAGAAGCUCCUCUGGCCGGUAGGAGCCUGUUGGGGUGUCCGGAAACACGAAGCAACCCGAGCGGACCCGAAGGGAUCCGAGCCUCAACCUGCUGCUGCAGCACGCGCCUACCGCGCAAGCAGCAGACCCCGCGCGCACGAGUCUGAACCAGCAGCUUCAUCACUCUUCAUGUGACAAGUUUUUUUUUUCUGAAGAAGAGGAAAGAAAAGACAACCUCUGGGCGCUUUGAGGACGUUUACCUGAAGCGGUAACGAAAACAAGCCGUUGUUUCACUGACUGAACUAAGUCGGUUUAACUCGGAUAAUUAAGUGUCGGACCGGUCUUCGCAAUGAGUCUGUGGACUAACGGCUCUGUCGUGGACCAGUACACCGAUAACCCACCGCCGGAAUCCAACUCCUCCAACCGGACCCACGAGGGCUCCCUGCGCCGCGGGCACCCGGGCUCCGCCGCCCCGCUGGACCUGAGCCGGGCGGUGCCGGUGGGCAUGGUUCUGGCCUCCUUUAUCACGUUCGCCAUCGUGGGCAACAUCCUGGUCAUCCUGGCUGUGGUUUGUAACCGACACCUGCGGAUACCGACCAACUACUUCAUCAUUAAUCUGGCCAUCGCGGACCUGCUGCUCAGCACCACGGUGCUGCCGGUGUCCGCUACCCUGGAGGUCUUGGACUACUGGGUCUUUGGUCGGAUCUUCUGUGACAUUUGGGCAGCGGUGGAUGUCCUGUGCUGCACAGCGUCCAUCAUGUCUCUGUGCGUCAUCUCCAUCGACCGCUACAUCGGUGUUCGGUACCCUCUGCAGUACCCCAUGUACGUCACCAAGAGACGGGCACUGCUUGCCAUGCUGGGCAUCUGGAUCCUCUCUUUCGUCAUCUCCAUCGGCCCGCUGCUAGGCUGGAAGGAACCGCCCUCCCAGGACGACACGGUGUGUCUGAUAACCGAGGAGCCGUUCUACGCCCUCUUCUCCUCCCUGGGAUCCUUCUACAUCCCGCUGGCUGUCAUCCUGGCCAUGUACUGUCGGGUUUACGUCGUCGCCAAACGCACCACCAAGAACCUGGAGGCCGGCAUGAUGACAGAACGAGCUGAGGACUCCAACGAGCUCACCCUACGGAUCCACUGCAGGAACCAGCAGAUCCAGGACCUUUGCCCCUCCUCCAAAGCAGGAGGGGGUGGAGUUUCAGCUGGGCGCAACACUCUCACCGUCAAGCUGCUCAAGUUUUCCCGUGAGAAGAAAGCUGCAAAGACUCUGGGCGUGGUGGUGGGCAUGUUCAUCCUCUGCUGGCUGCCCUUCUUCCUGGUUCUGCCAAUCGGCUCGUUCAACAGCAGCCUCCGCCCUCCUGAGACUCUGUUCAAAGUGAUUUUCUGGUUGGGUUACUUCAACAGCUGCUUGAACCCGAUCAUCUACCCGUGUUACAGUCGAGAGUUCAAACAGGCCUUCAUCAGAAUCCUGCGCUGCCGAUGGAAGAGGAAGAGUCAGGGCUGGCAGGCCUACUACAACUACCGCUGUCAGCAAGGAUCAAACAACUCAUCCUUCCUGAACGGCAGCCAGCAGACAUUGUCCUCUGUCAGCCACAGCCCCUGUUAUGUCUCCUCCAAGCUUCGCCCCCCCGCCCUGGCCCUCCUCAAACAGACACCCACCCCCCAGCUCAGCAGGGAGAGCAUCUCUCACACAGGAUGCUGGGAUACCUCAGGUACAGCUGGCAGGGCGAGGAACGAACUGUGGGAGUGUAACCAGAAAAGAACGACUCUGACGUGACCUUUGAACUCAGCCUGAGACAAUUGCAGGGGCUUCUUCUAAAAACACAAUUAGGUGAUUCGACUUUGUGUCACCUGGGACUGCAGCUUCUCACCUGCUAACAUCAUUCUGGUUCAGACUUUUAUUCUGAAGGUUCCUGACAAACAUCCAACAACGUUCAUGUGAAAUCCAGAAACAUCUGAUCUUCUGCUUCAUUCUUCUCCACCAGGGAAGAAAAAUCCUCAUUUAAUAAAAAGAGAACAGAGGUUUCAUUCUUUACUGAAAACAUUUGAAGGACAUUUUUAUUAAAAAUGUAACCUUGGAGCAGCCAAAACCAAGAAAUGUUUGUUUUAGUUGAGAUUAAAAAAAGCUUAAAAUAAUAUUCUAGACCGACUGAUAAAUUCAAACUACAUUUCUCCAGAACCAUAAGGUACUAGUUUAAUUUAGUCAUAGCUAUGCCCGUUUUAUUUAUGUAGCCCUUUUUCACAAAACUAAACUGGUAUUUGUGGAUCUUUGUGUUUUUAAGAUGUAAUACAGAUGAUUGAAACUC